CCUGUGUCUUUCCGGUUCUGAAUACACAUCAAGCAAGGUAAAUAUGUGAAAGACAAUACUGCUGCUGUCCUCUAAAGAUGCAUUCUUGUCACCUGUCGCGUGGUACUUUUGGUUUAUAGUUUUCCCUUGACUACAUUUCAGUACUGGAGAAUACCUCGGAGAAAUGCUCGGGGCCAGAUAGGACAGCAGCGAGGGAGGCAGACCCUGAGCUCACAGAGGUCUGAGUGGAGGCUGAAGAUGGUCUGAUGGACCGCCGCUUUUUGCUGACCUUCAUCUUCUGUUCAGUCUCGUGGGUUUUCUUCUGGGAGGUGCGCUGGAAGAAAGGCAAGGAAAAUCAGAUUGAAGAAUGGCUCCAGGGGCACAGCCUCUCUGAAUACAAGUAUUUGUUUGAAGAUAUUCAGACUCUGGAGGAGCUCAGUUUGAGUGUGCUAUCUCGACUGGAGGAGGUGGUAAGGGAGAAGCGUCGCUGGAGGGAGAUCACUGAGGCCCACGUGCAGCUGCUCAGAGACUUUGCCUUCCAGGAGUGGCUUUGUUCCCAGAGCCUGGAGCACUACUAUCAUACUCUGAAGACCCUUGGCUGCUCUAACCUGGAUGAUCUAGCACAGUUUGACAGCCAGCUUCAGCUCUCUCUGGCAGCGUGGGGCUAUUACUACGAAGAUUACAUUAAACUGUCUACAGGUGUGAGGGUCCUUCUGGCAUCGAAGGGAAGCAGAGAUCAGGACUACGAGAUUCAGCUAGUGCACAGCCUUGCUGAGAGACGGCUGAAUGAGAAGUGGUCUUUUGCAGGAGCUCUGAUAUUUGGCUGUACUGUUGCACUGUGCUUUCUGAUAAGGGACCUCAUGUUUUACGUGAUUGGUGGAAUAACUGUUUCCAUCAUCGCAUUUGUCUUCACCAUCAAGUUCCUGUGUGAGCUUGCUGCUCGUGUGGUCAGCUUCUUACAGAAUGACGACCCUGCCCGACAUGGGGACCGCAGUAUCUAUGACUAUGUGCGGGGUAACUAUCUGGACCCACGCUCAUGCAAAGUGUCCUGGGACUGGAAGGAGCCACAGGAAGUGGGCCAAACCAUGAGUUUCAGAGUACAGCUCUUUUACAAAAAUGGCCAGCCGUUCCCAGCACACAGACCUGUGGGAUUGAGGGUGAACAUCACUCACAUAGAGUUGGCUUUAGAAGUCCCUGUCACUCAGGAGGUCCUUCAAGAGCCAGAAUCCAACAUAGUCAAAGUGGCCUUCACAGUGCGUAAGGCUGGACGCUACGAGGUAGCUGUUAAACUUGGUGGCUUGAAUGUGGCCUACAGCCCUUACUACAAGAUAUUCCAACCAGGUACAGUAGUGCCAUCCAAAACAAAGAUAGCAUAUCACUUCUCCACACUGGUGCUGACCUAUGGUCAGCAGCACACACUGCAGAUAGAACCACGCGAUGAGUACGGCAACCCCACCAGUAAUUCUGUCUCACUUGUGGAUGAGGUCAAUUACAACAUGCAUGUCCACUCAUUAGGCACAGUGGAGGAGGAGAGCUCAGAGGAUUACUAUUGUACUUCUGUAUCAUUAAAUAAGCCGCAGUGUCAGGUUCUGAUGAGGCUCACCUUCAGGAAGAAAGGCUGCUUUAGAGCAUGCAUCUCAUACUGGGACCAGCCCCUCAACAAUGGGGAGUUUGACAUCAUUGUUCUUAGUGAAAAUGAGAAGAACUGUGUGGAGAAAAACGUGUCUACCCCAGGUAUCAGCAUCUACUUUGAGGCCUACCUCUACAACAUGGGCAAUUACAGUAGCUGUCCCUGGCAGUUCCCAGCAUCCUCUCAGCUGGCCCUGCAGAGACGGCCCUCCAUGGCCGAUGAGGAGGAGGAACAUGACUCUCCUGUAGAGGGCCAGUCAGAGAAGAUCAAGAAACCAAAAAAGGUCUACUGCUAUAUAUCACCAAAGCAAUUCUCUGUGAAGGAGUUUUACCUGAAAAUUAUUCCCUGGCGUCUUUUCACCUUCCGUGUGUGCCCUGGAACUAAGUUCACAUACCACGGACCAGACCCUGUUCACAAGUACCUGACACUGGUGGUGGAUGAUGGGUUCCAGCCUCCAGUAGAGCUAAGCUGUAAGGACAGGAACAUCAUGGCUGCUACCUUCAUCCGGUUUCUGCACAAGAACAUCGGAGGAUCAGAGACAUUUCAGGACAAGGUGAACUUUUUCCAGCGUGAGCUGAGACACAUUCACUCUAAGAGACCUCGUACCAAAACCUGCCUGAAAAUCAGCCGUCAUUUACUCCUCGAGUCUUCUUUAAAGGCCACCAGGAACUUUUCAGUGUCUGAUUGGAGUAAGAACUUUGAAGUUGUGUUCCAGGAUGAGGAGGCUCUGGACUGGGGAGGGCCGAGACGUGAGUGGUUUGAGCUCAUCUGUAAGGCUCUAUUUGAUACCAAUAACCAGCUCUUCACACGCUUUAGUGACAACAACCAGGGCUUGGUCCACCCAAAUGCUGAGCGUCCCCCUCAUCUGAGGGUGAAGAUGUAUGAGUUUGCAGGGCGAGUGGUGGGGAAGUGUUUAUAUGAGUCAACUUUAGGCGGGGCCUACAAGCAGCUGGUACGAGCACGGUUCACCCGCUCCUUCUUGGCUCAGAUUAUUGGUUUACGGAUGAACUAUAAGUACUUUGAAACAGACGAUGAGGAAUUUUACAAAACAAAGGUCUGCUUUAUACUGAACAAUGACGUCAGUGAAAUGGAUCUGGUGUUUGCCGAAGAGAAAUACAGCAAGUCAGGACAGCUGGAGAAGGUGGUGGAAUUGAUAUCUGGUGGUGCUCAGAUUGCUGUGACCAAUGACAAUAAAAUUCACUACUUGAACCUUCUGGCCCAGUACAGACUAGCCAGUCAGGUGCGAGAAGAGGUAGAGCAUUUCCUCAAAGGUUUGAAUGAACUCGUCCCUGAAAACCUUCUGGCCAUAUUUGAUGAGAAUGAGUUGGAGUUGUUGAUGUGUGGCACAGGAGACAUUAACGUGCAGGACUUCAAAGCUCAUGCUGUAAUUGUUGGAGGGUCAUGGCACUUCAGAGAAAAGGUGAUGAAGUGGUUCUGGGCAGUGGUGUCAUCCUUCACACAGGAAGAGUUGGCACGCUUGUUGCAGUUCACCACUGGCUCCUCGCAGCUCCCACCCGGUGGCUUCAACACGCUCUGCCCCUCCUUCCAGAUCAUAGCAGCUCCCACACACAGCACGCUGCCAACCGCACACACCUGUUUUAACCAGCUGUGCCUCCCAACAUAUGACUCCUAUGAGGAGCUCCACAAGUUGUUGAAGCUGGCCAUCAGCGAAGGGAGCGAGGGCUUUGGGAUGCUCUGAACAUCUGACCAGCUCAGACCCCCCUUUCCCCCUUAUGGACAUGUCACCCCAGUGUACCAUGUAACAGGAGGACUCGGAUCACAAGAUGCCUCUGGGAGGAUUCAGGAGUUAUGUACAUAUGUAUUUAAAACGAUUGUACAACAAAAACAUGAAAAAGAAAAAAGCUCAUUUGAAUUUUAUUUAGUUGCCUCAGUGCAGGCAUAAAUAAAUGGCCUAAUUAAGUGUCAAGAUGCUUGUUUUGCAUUUGGCAUGAACUAAACUGGAUUUUUGUAUGGUACAUUGUAGUCUAGAGAUAUCAGGAAUGACUGCAUACUCACUGCACUUUGGCCUUAACUGAUCAGGGAAGGUUGUGUAUAUAACUGAUAUUUCAUUGUGUGUUUUGUUUAAACAGUGUAUACAUAUUUUCCCUGUAAUUGUUAAUUUGUUCUUAUUUAUAAAGAAAGGACCUUAGACAUGUUAUCACUUACAACGUUCUCCUCUUCUAAUGUUUUUUUUUUUUCAUUUAAUGCAGAUUACAUAAAUCAUAAAAUACGUUUAUAAAAUGUUUGCUCUCCUCAUUGAGCCCCUUACUAUACAUUUGGACAAUAAUCAUUACUGAACAUAUGAGUAUGAGCAUAUAAACAUAAAGGCGUGCAUUUAAAGUAGUUAGUGCUAAAAUAUUAUAAUUCAAGGACUCAUCAAGAACCCUACCUGUUGCAAAACUAUAUGGUACUUAAACUUCUAUUUACUGUUAUUCUGACAUCUUUGGGCAACAUCUAUGCACCAUACCAACAGGCCCAAAUAACCUGAUAACACUGGGUUUUGCUUGUUUCUUACAUAAUUGAUUGCUGUGUUAAAAUUAUCAUGGUUCUGUUAAUGCCCAUGUUUAGCCUAAAGCAAAAGUACAGUACUAGAAAAUUAAAGAAGAAUGAAAUCAAACCAUUGGUGAACAUUACUGACCUGUUUUCAAUAGAGCCUUUAGCAAUACUGUAAGAGGUCACAUAAAUCUGUAGGGUCAUUUUGUGACCACUACAAACCAUUUGCAGGGACAACAGAAAUGCUAAAACAUGAUUACCCUGAUGUUACACUGUGCUUUUGCCUGUCUCACUCUCACUUGUUUUAAAUGUAUAUAAUGUAAUAUAAUGUGGAGGGGUUUGAAUUGAAAUAAUUUUAAAUUUUUCUUUUUCCAUGAAGUUUGCCUUUUGGGUUUCAAAAUGAAUAUUUGUUUGCAGAUUGCUACAGUUUACCUGGUAUUUAUGCAACAAAAUAAAAAGCAGAAAAUCUA